CAUCACUUGCAGUGCGGCCAGACGCCAGCAGCAGCAGCAGCAGCAGCAGCAUCUUCUUCCAGCAGCAGCUCAGGAGGAGGGGAGCGACGCACCAAGCCAGCCGGCCACAUCGCUCAGCAGCUCCGCGCACAAAUCGGCUGCGUCACAUCUAAAAAAAAAAAAAAAAAAAAAAAACGCGCACACGCUGCCAGCCUGGGGAAGAUAACAGCCAAGGCAUCCAGGGAAGCCCGCUGGUUCAUAACGCGACUCGGCUGAGCUGGGGAGAGAAAAAAGAAAAUGGUGAAACUGGGGAAUAAUUUCGCGGAGAAAAACAACGGGAAGGCGGCAUCCGAGGACGGCUUUGACACCAUCCCUCUCAUCACGCCGUUAGAUGCCAGCCAGCUGCAGUUCCCCCCACCUGAUAAGGUGGUGGUGAAGACAAAGGCAGAUUACGAUGGCGAGAGCAAGAAAGGAAAGCUGCGCUCCCCCAAAAUCGCAGAGUUCUCCAUAAGCAUCAUCGAAGGCGUCUCUGAGAGGCUCAAAGUGACCCUGCUGGUGAUCUGCGCCCUGGCUUUCCUGGUGUGCGUGGUGUUCCUGGUCGUCUAUAAGAUCUACCAGUACGAGCAGCCGUGUCCUGAAAGCUUCGUCUACGUGCAAGGCCGCUGCAUGCCGACCGGGCUUUACGGCAACUAUCCCCCUCAGGGUCCCGGGGGCCGCGGGCGCCUCUACACCUUCAUCAACCACUACAACAUGGCCAAGCAGACCAUCACCCGGUCGGUAUCGCCGUGGGUCACCAUCAUGUCUGAGGAGAAGGUAACCCAGCAAGAGAUGGAGACCUCCCAGAAGCUGGCCUGAACAUCGUUGGGAUCCGGAAGGUGGCCUCUGCUGCAGAGAAAAAAGAAAAGAAAUAAUAAUAAUUAUAAUAAUACGGUUGUGCCAUUCAAGCAAACCUCGAGUCCAGUCGCUUUCUGUGGGUGAACAAAAAAAAUUAAUUAAAAAAAAUCUAAAAAAAAACAAACAAACAUCUUAUCCCGCCUGAGGUGCUAUGCUGCCUUGUUGAUGUAUUUUGGUCAGCUGGUGUGUACAGUCGCUGGAAAUCUGUGGACGUUUUGAGCAUGUUCUCGGCACAAUGAGGCUCAGUUUGGUGGAUUCCCGAUUUGUUUGAAUAGCAUAUGUUAUUUAUAUAUAUAUAAGAGUGGCCGACAUGUAGAAAAAGGCCACAGAAACCCAUGCACUGUCUUUGUACACACACACACACACACACACACGUGAAGAUAUUCACCUCAGCACCGAGAUUGCGAGCCAUCCUGUCCGCUUGGCUUACUGGAGCGCACAUGCACGACAGCGGUCGGUCCCGCUUCCAAUCUCGUUUUUGUUUCGUUCUCACCGACUUACCGGCAUCUUUCCGAUCCAAGUCCACCCGUGCAGAAACCUGUGAAUGUCAUGAUAUUGUGAAGCGUUAAGCCUCGAUCUAACAGAAACGUACCAGCAAAA